AUGUUGCUGCUGGACCAGCGGGCCCCCGGACGUCCCCUGGGCCCCCUCGGUCCCCUCGGCGUGCUGGGGCCCCCGCUGGGGCUGCCGCUGGGACAGCUGGGGCGCCGCCGCGCGCUCGUCAAGGUGUUCCAAGCCCUGCUGGUGCUAGUGCUGCUCUUCACCAUCGGCAUCAACAUCAUGUUCAUCCUGGACACGAGCAGGCGCCUGCAGGAGGAGGCCCUGCGCACUGGGGACUCGUCCGAGCUGGUGAGCGGCGAGGCUCGGCACAACAGCCUGCGGCUGCAGGAGAGCCAGGCCAAGUCGCUGGUCAUCGACGUGGUGUCCAGCCAGACCAGGGUGGCCGUGUCCGUGGACGGAGCCACGAUCCUGGAGGACGCGGAGCCCCACAAGGGCCGCGGCGUGCACGUGGUGGUGCUGCACCAGGCGUCGGGCAGCGUGAUGGCGGCGCGCGUGUUCGACACGUACUCGCCGCACGAGGACGACGCCAUGGUGCUGUUCCUCAACAUGGUGUCGGCCGGGCGCAUCAUCAUCUUCGCCAUCAAGGACGAGGGCUCCUUCCAGAUGAAGUCCCCCGCGCGCGACCUGCUGCGCCGCCUGGGCUCGGCCCACGCGCCCGCCAUCGGCUGGAGGGGCAUGUGGGCCAUGGUGAGCCAGAAGGCGAGCGACGGCGGCCCCGGCGGCCGCGUCCUGGGGGAGGGCCAGAGCAGCAGCAAGGAGUUCAACACGUGGGGCGCGCCCGUCACCCUGCAGGUCGAGGUGCCCCUGCUCUCCGUCGAAGAGAGUGAAUGCAGUUGGCCAGAGACGGAGGAAAAUCGUCGUCGGAAAGAAUUUUGCAACCACAUAGAAGGCUAUGGGAGUGUGUGCAGUUGCCAGGAUCCUGCACCCAUCAUGUUCAGCCCAGAACCAAUUCCUAACAAUCAAGUGAAAAACGUUCCAGUAGCAAUUAUUGCAAGUAAUCGUCCACAUUACCUGUAUCGAAUGCUUCGGUCACUAUUGUCAGCCAGAGGGGCACAACCUGAAAUGAUCACAGUUUUCAUUGACGGUUAUUUCUCUGAGCCCAUGGAAGUGACCCAAUUGUUCGGACUCAGAGGUGUCCAGCACACUCCCAUUGGCACCAAGAAUGCUCGUAUCUCACAGCAUUACAAAGCAGCACUUACGGCCACUUUUAAUUUAUUUCCCUCUGCCCAACAUGUCAUAAUCGUAGAGGAAGAUCUAGAUGUCUCACCGGACUUUUUUAGCUAUUUUAGCCAGACUGUUCAUUUAUUGGAUGAAGAUCCAUCACUCUAUUGUAUAUCAGCUUGGAAUGACCAGGGGUAUGAACAUACAAGUGAUGAUCCUUCACGUUUGUAUCGAAUAGAAACAAUGCCUGGUUUAGGCUGGAUUUUGAAACGGUCCAUUUACAAAGAGGAGUUAGAACCCAACUGGCCAACUCCAGAGAAAAUGUGGGAUUGGGAUAUGUGGAUGAGAAUGCCUGAAGUUAGAAAAGGUCGAGAGUGUGUUGUACCAGAUGUUUCUCGCACUUAUCACUUUGGCUCAUCAGGGCUGAAUAUGAAUUCAUACUUUCAAGAGGUUUACUUCAAGCAACAUUCUUUUAACACUCAAAGCUAUGUGCAACUGAUAAAUAUUGACAGUGUGAAGAAGUUAAAAUAUGAGCGUCAGAUAUGGAGAGAUUUGAAGCAUUCAAUACCUUUAGAUCAUUCUAAAAAUCCCUGUGAUGAAGACUUUGUCCCUGAUAAAAAAGGGGAAGUGUAUGUUCUCUAUAUAAAAAUGGAAUCUCCCAAAGAUUUUGUCACAUGGCUUCAAGUGGCCAAGUGUUUCAGAAUUUGGGACCUUGAUGCAAGAGGAUAUCAUAACAGCAUGUGGAGGAUGCGAAUGAAAGGCAGUGAUGUCAUGGUGAUUGGUGUUCCCAACUCUGAGUAUUCGAGGUUUAAACCAGUCAACGUUACGCUUCUGUCACUGGAAACACCAAAGGAGAAAUUGAAGGUCAGAUAGCAUAUCCGAAGAUGGACGCCCUUGCCGUCCAUGCUGAUUCAAUUGGACUAAGUCAGCAGUGAUUUUUAAAUUUCCUGAUAGUCAGGGAAUGUGAUUAUAUUUGUAAAAUGUGCCGAAAGUGUUAAUUUUAUGAUAAUUUAAUGAUUGUGAAGGUUAAAUGAACCCGACUGACAAUAAUGAUUGGACUAUUGCAUUUAUGUGUAUACGUCUAGAGAUACUAUGUACUUACUGCUGUUCUGCUACAGCAAUUUGAACAUAGCUUUCAUUUAUUUUUAUUACUCUAUUGUUUCAAUGUUUGCCCUCGAUUUAUUUUUCCUGUUUUUGUUUAACAAAAGAGGUGAAACUUUACUGUAGUCAUUUGCAGCACACCCGGCCAUUUGUAUGAUCAUCGGUGCCAAAGACAUAUAGUUAUUGUUGAGAUGUAUGUAAUUAUAUUUUUUAUUGUUUGAUGUGGCUUACUGUACAGUGUUCAAAGCUGUGCGCAAUGUCUAUUGGUUAUUACUUAUAGAAGAAGUAUGAACUCAGCUACUCACAUGUUAAAAUUUACUGAUGUUCUCAAGCUGUUACUUGAUAGUGCAUUGAUUUUGUGAGCUAUGCAUGAGUUGCAGGCAUUCUAGACUCUUUAUUUCUCUUAAAAACUGAUUCUUCAAUACAGCCAAUGACUAAAUGUAAUACUGCAAUAUGUGAGAACGAGUGGCGGAACCCAGUGUUAAAUGGAUUAAUUAUUCAUUCAUUCAUGGUGUGUAGACCAUGAUAAGCAGUCAAAUUGACAAUUCAUCACAAAACUAAUCACUUACCAUCAUAUCAGGCAUAAGCAAUUUGCCUUAGUUUUUAAUUGGUUCCUUCGUUACAGAUUAAAAAUAAUUUUAAAAAAUAUGUUGUUUCUAGGUAAGAUAGAAAAUGAAUUUUUAAAGAAAUGAAAUGUAGCAAAUACAUGAUCAAAUUACUGUCUGUAUUUUUGGAAAUCUAAUGUUAUUAAUUUGCUCCAUCCGUGAACUGAAUUUUGGCCCUGAGUGGCAUGAGAUGAGGUCCGAUAAACCCUACCCUAGUGGUAUCGUAUUCUUGUUAAGACUACAAAGAGCUGAAUGAAAUUUCUGAUUUGAAAGUGA